GGCCGAGGAAUUCGCGCUCGGCCGGGCAGGCGAAGGAGAGUGGGAGGGAGGGCGUUGUUACCUGCUGGCGCAUUUCCGCUUCCGCCAGGCCCCGUCGUUUUGGUUGGACCGGCUUGUUGCGGGGAGGGAGGGGGAAGGUUGUUUGCUGCCUGGGAGCUCUGCGCAAGGGAAGGUAAACUGAGCUCCCCAGAGACGCCUCGAAGCCUCUGCUCCAGCCUAGCCUUCUCUCUCCAGCUGGCACUACAGCCUGGAGGCGCCUUCCUCCACCCUCCCGAAUGGUGCUCCUCUUCGCUGGCCUCGGCCCAGGAUCCAGGCCCCCUUUGCCCCCUGCCUUGGAGCUGUUGCUCCAGUUCCGUGUUGGUGGACUCCUGGUGGAGGGGAGAGAAGAACUUUUGCCCGGACGGGGUUUUAGUUCUAGGAAUUUCAGCCUCUGAGUUUGAGGUUCUUCCUUUGCCCACUUUAUCAGCCUUUUGAGAAGACAAACACUUCUCUUUGCCAUCUAGAGCCCAGGAACCCUCAAACUGGGGCCCUGGUCCCAGCAUGUCAGUCCUCUCUUGUGCAUAGGGCUCUGCCCUCUCCAGGUCAGCAUGGCUGAGUUCAGACAGGUUCCAGGGGGGCGGGAGACCCCACAGGGGGAGCUGCGGCCAGAGGUUGUAGAGGAUGAAAUUCCUAGGAGCCCAGUGGCGGAGGAGCCUGGAGGAGGAGGUGGAAGCAACAGCAAUGAGUCCAAAUUGUCCCCAAGAGAGGAGGAAGAACUGGAUCCUAGAAUACAGGAGGAACUGGAGCAUCUAAACCAGGCCAGUGAGGAGAUCAACCAGGUGGAGCUACAGCUGGACGAGGCCAGGACCACCUAUCGGAGGAUCCUGCAGGAAUCUGCGAGGAAGCUCAACACGCAGGGCUCCCACUUGGGGAGCUGUAUUGAGAAGGCUCGGCCCUACUAUGAAGCUCGGCGGCUGGCUAAGGAGGCCCAGCAGGAGACACAGAAGGCAGCGCUGCGGUAUGAGCGGGCUGUGAGCAUGCACAAUGCCGCCCGGGAGAUGGUGUUUGUGGCCGAGCAGGGGGUCAUGGCUGACAAGAACCGACUGGACCCCACGUGGCAGGAGAUGCUCAACCAUGCCACCUGCAAGGUGAACGAGGCAGAGGAGGAGCGGCUUCGAGGCGAGCGGGAGCAUCAACGAGUGACGCGGCUGUGCCAGCAGGCUGAGGCCCGCGUGCAGGCUCUGCAGAAGACCCUCCGGCGAGCCAUCGGCAAGAGCCGCCCCUACUUCGAGCUCAAGGCGCAGUUCAGCCAGAUCCUGGAGGAGCACAAGGCUAAGGUGACAGAACUGGAGCAGCAGGUAGCACAGGCCAAGACCCGCUACUCAGUCGCUCUGCGCAACCUGGAGCAGAUCAGCGAGCAAAUUCACGCGCGGCGCCGGGGCCUGCCUGCCCACCCCCCAGGUCCACGGCGCUCCUCCCCUGUGGGGGCUGAGGCUGGGCCUGAAAGCCUGGAUGACGGGGACAGUGGCAUUGAGGGUGCUGAAGGUGGGGGGCUGGAGGAGGGCGGCGGCCUAGGGCCUGGACCUGGCACGGACACAGACACACUGAGCCUGCUGAGCCUGCGCACCGUGGCCUCCGACCUGCAGAAGUGCGACUCGGUGGAGCACCUGAGGGGCCUCUCGGACCAUGCCAGUCUAGACGGCCAAGAGCUGGGACCCCGGAGUGGGGGACGCCGGGGCAGUGACGGUGGGGCCCGAGGGGGCCGCCACCAGCGCAGUGUCAGCCUGUAGCACGCUAGCUGGGGCUUUGGGCUUGUCUCCCACUGUAGUCUCAUCAGGGCCCUUGGGCUUAUUCCUGCCCCUCAGAUCCCAUCUUUCCCCUGGAGGCCAGCUGUGUCAGCCCUCUGCCUGCCCUGCCUCCUCGGCCUCCCCUGCCCCCUCAGGAGGCAGUCCUGCAGGGCCCCUUCAGAAGGCUGCUCUCUGUACUCAUCUCCUUCCCCUUACCCCUCUGAGACCCUUGACUUCCCACCUUCUGACUUCUUUCCUUCCUGGUCUAGCUUUGCCCCUCAGGGAACUUGGUCUAGAACACCUGGG